AUGGACAGGUUCCAUACCCUGAUCCCCUGUUCCGCCGCCGGCCGACCCGAGCGCCGGCCGCAUCCAGCAGCCACAUCAUGGCGGCACGACGAAGCAGCCCGCGCCGGCGCCUCCCUGCCGCUCACCUCUCCAUCUAAACUUGCUCCGCCACCCGUCGCUCGGCGCCUUCCGCCCGUCGGCCUCCUCCUCCGUGGAUCUCGGCUGGUCGAUCCUGCCCGUGGGCGCGUGGCUGGACUGCCCGACAUCUCAACUCCGGCUCUUCCGCCAUCCUGCACGCCUGCCCGGGACUGGCUUGCCUGCCUCCCGUGCGACCUACUACAUCCACAAGGUUUGCUGGAUUACUGCGUCAAGGCACCUAUAAAUAGAAGUGCACUUUUAGCAAUGCAAGUAAGCAACAUAAAUCUUACAAGUGGCAUCAAUGUGCUCCUUGGCGUGUCACACGCCAUCAAGCACUUACACUGUCAUGCCAACCCGCCGAUCAUCCACCGGGACAUCAAGUCAGCUAACAUCCUUUUUGAUGCCAGUUGGGUGCCUCGUUUGUCAGACUUUGCUUCCUCGGUUGUAUGGGACAUGGCAACUCAGGAGGAGGGGAUGGAGGUCCCAGUUAUAGGCACAUUUGGGUACAUAGCUCCUGAGUGCAUCAUGCAUUGUCAUCUGAAGCCGGCGAGCGACGUGUACAGCCUGGGCGUGGUGAUGCUCGAGGUUCUGACAGGGAAAAGUGCAUAUUCUCAACUGAAGGAUGAUGGGACAGGUGGACCUUUGACAGACUUCGCACUCCCCAUCAUUGAAGUCGGUAAUAUUGAGGAGUUGUUGGACAGGCGACCUGUACCGGAGCCAACGCCUUGGCAGCUGCAGGCGAUGAAACGUGUGGCGCAGAUUGCAUGGUGCUGCGGGAAGUUGGAUGCGAAGGACCGGCCGGCCAUAUCAGACAUUGUUGCCAGCCUCGAGAUGGCGUAUGAGUUGAUGUGCCGAGACGAGGCUGGUUCAGUUGACGAGCCAUGUUUGUGGCCCUUCGUCGAACAAAUUGACCUCCCAUCGGACUCACCACACUCCAGGAGCUCGUCAUCGGCAGGCUACCAUUCCGAGCUGGCAUUCUUGCAAGGCGAGGUAGAGAUGAAUGCAGAUCUGACGUCCUUCGCACUCCCCAUCACCGAGGCCGGUAGUAUCGAUGAGUUGCGAGACAGGAAAUUCCAUGGGGAGGACCGGCCAGCCAUACCAGACAUAGUUGCCAGCCUUGAGAUUGCGCACGAGAUAAUCUGCAGAGACGAGCCAGGUUGA